AUGUCUGAGGAUGAUGGCAGGACUCCACCCAACACGACUCUCACAAGAGAAGAAAUGGAAAAAAGUGCCAAUCGCCUCAGCACCCGCCACCGGCCGGAGGUUCAACUCCAACCGCUCGUCCCCCGCCGCACACUCACCGCAGAGGCGGAGGAGCGCAGCAUCAAACAUCUCUACGACGACUCCAUGGCCCAUCGUGAACAGCGGCUGCGGGAGAUUGAGGCGAAUAUGAAUGCCGAGAUUGAUAGAUACCGCGCCCAGCAGAGAAAACUGGAUGAGGAGGAGAAACAGCAAUUGGUUCAUCGACUCUAUGAAGAGUCUAUUGAGAAGAAAGAUUAUAAAAUGAAGGAAUUGUAUGAACGGGAAUUGGCUUCCCUACAACGCAAUACACGUACACUUGGAAAGAGUGAACAGGCUUCUGUGGUGGAUCGUUUAUAUACAGAAGGAAUGGCAAAUAAUCGAAAGAAACACAUUGCGUUAUUUGAAAAGUUUGUAUUGGAUAGACAACCGCAAAGUGUACAACGAACACCAGAACAAUUAAUGGAGACAUGUGAUAAACUAUGGAAAGGUGAAGGCGUGACUUCAUGA